AUGCGAAAAUUUGCGGCAAAUUGCUCAUUUUUUUUUCGAAUUGUGUCAAAAUUUUGGCAAUUCCAGGUCGGCGAAAUCGUGUCGCGUCUCUCGACAGACACCCUCAUCGUCGGCUAUUCGGUGUCGAUGAAUUUGAGCGACGGCGCGCGAGCAUUGAUCACUUGUCUCGGCUCCGGCGGCCUCAUGGUUUACACGAGUUUGGCGAUGUGCAAAGUGAUGGUCAUCGUGAUUCCGAUCAUCGUCGGCUCGGUGGCGGUCUUCGGAAAACUGCAGCGAAAAUACACGCUGAUGAUGCAAGAAGGAGUUGCCGGCGCGAAUCAGGUUGCGACCGAGCGUCUUUCGAGCGUUCGAACCGUUCGAAUGUUGGUGGCUGAAAAAAAAGAGUUGGAGGCGUACUCGGCGAAAAUCAACGAAAUUUGGAAUAUUUCGAAAAAAGAGGGAAUCGCGAAAGGAUGCAUGUUCGGAUCGUUCCAAUUCACCGGCUACGUCGCACUUUCAACAAUGCUCUUUUAUGGCAGCAAUUUGAUCAGUCAGGGUCUUCUAACAUAUGGCGAAUUAUCGUCGUUCUGCCUGUACGCGGUGCUGAGCGCGGCGAGUUUAUCGAACAUCUCGGGAUUCUACAUGGAAUUGAUGAAGGGUCUCGGCGCGAGCUCGCGGCUCUUCGAGCUUCGCAAUCGCCAACCGGCGAUACCGUUGGAAGGCGGAAUUCGGAAGGCGAACGUGCUCGACGAAAUCAGAUUCGAGAAUGUCGCGUUUCAAUACGCGAAACGCGAUCCGGUAUUUCAUGAUAUCUCGUUCGACGUGCCCGCUGGCAAAAUUACGGCGAUUGUCGGACCAUCGGGAUCGGGAAAAUCGACGAUUGCGAGCCUCCUAUUAAGGCUCUACGAUCCGAUUCGCGGCAAAAUCACGGUUGAUGGAAUCGACUUGAAGGAAAUUGAUCCGUCCUACUGGAGAAGGCACAUCGGAACUGUCGGACAGGAGCCCGUCUUAUUUUCGACGACGAUUCGCGAAAACAUCGUCUACGGUGCCGAGAGUCCGGAAAAAAUCAGUGAAGCUGAGGUGAUUUCGGCGGCCGAACAAUCGAACGCCAGCGAGUUCAUCGAAGCGUUUCCCGAGAAAUAUGAGACAAUGGUCGGCGAGAUGGGAUCGACGUUGAGCGGUGGUCAGAAGCAGCGGAUUGCGAUUGCGCGAGCCCUUGUUAAUAAUCCCAGCAUUCUGAUAUUUGACGAAGCGACGUCGGCUCUCGACGCCUCUUCAGAAUAUUUGGUGCGAAUUGCGCUCAACAAAUUGCUCGAGAAGAGCAAUCAGACGGUGGUAAUUAUUGCUCAUCGAUUGUCGACAAUCAAACACGCCGAUCAAAUCGUUGUCAUCGAUAAAGGAAGUGUUGCCGAAAAAGGAAGCUAUGAGGAAUUGGUGCGAAUUCCGGACGGAAUAUUCAGGAAGCUCGUCGAAAAGCAGACGUUCGGCUAUCGCGAUGAGACCUUUUAG